CUUUGAGCUUUUCCGUUGUGAAAUUUACCGGGCAGUCAUCAGUGUAUAAAAAGAAUUGUGCCUUUCGGAAAAAACAAGAUAGUUACCAGAUAUCAAGCGUUGAAAAAAUGGUUCUGGUGAGGAAAGUUUUGACCGACAAUAACUCCAUUCAAUGGCUGUUAUGGAUGGAGAGGAGUAGUGAAUCCCCGCCGGAGAGGUUUGCUUUCGAUGGGCCACAGGUGGUGGCGUUUCACUUUCUUAACAACCGACACGGCGACAAUCUGGGCAAAUGGAUAAAGCUGCUCGAUGAGGUGGCAGAGGAGUACGCCGGUCGGAUUUUGUUCGGCCUGCGGGACAUUUCCAAUAUAGCAGAGUUCAAUUCGAACCUAAAUCCCGACGACUUUGGCACCUACCGGAAGGGAUUGCCUCCGCGGAUCUACGGCAAGGAUUGCGAGGGCCGAGUCUACGAUAUGCACAAGCUGGUCAGCGCCAAGUACCUGAGGGAGUUCUGCGACCAGCUGCUGGAGGAUCAGCUCUUCCGCGCCGUCGUUCUGGGCCCCACUCCCUCACAGGAUUCCCCGCCGAGGAACUACUUUGAACUGCGGGAAGAGAGCAGCAGCGACAUGCUGGUGAUGCUCUAUGACCCGGCCUGCUACUACUGGCCCUUCCAGAAGAGGAAGCUGCGCAAACUGGUGCGUCUCCUGGCCAGCGAGGACCUCCCAAUUAUGAUCGUGGACAAGGCCAGCAACUAUCUGGGCGUGGGCUUCACCCGCUGGCUGGAGAUGGUCAACUGCCAUGGCUCCACCAUCUUUUCCUCGCCACGUCGCGAUGGCUGGGACAUCAAGGUGUCGGUUCGACAUGAGAGCACACGUGGCUAUCUGCGAUACAUUGCCCGGAAUAGGCAACCCGAACUGAUAGACUUCGAUGCCGAGGGAGAGCAGAGAGCUCCGGAGGAGUCCCUGGAGUACAUCCGAUAUUUGUUUUAGAUCUCAACGAUGGUGAGUGGCCAUUUAAAAAAUAAAAUUAUGGAUUUUAAAGCCAAA